AUGGCGACAGCAAGGCUACGCGAAGACUUUUAUAACAUCGCAUAUCGGUCCCUGCAGGGCACAUCGGACCUUCUACAGCAAGGAAGCGCUACCCGCAGUCACAAUAUCCAAACGAUCAAGGCGUCCGGUGACCGCUUGUUGGAGGUUUUUGUGGCAACGAUGCCUACUCAGAAUUUCUUGGUAGUGCUCGUGGAUUCAACAAAACAAAUCCGCACGGACCUAGUGACCACCAACUCUAAU